UUUGUGCUAAUUACAAAAAGAUUAGAAAGACAGAGAGAAAAGAAAAAUAAUAAUAAUGAGGGCUACAAGAACAAGCAUAGCACCAUCUGGUUCUGCCAUUAAAGGUGAAGAAUUCAAGAAAUGGAACUCUCCCAUACCUUACCUCUUUGGUGGGUUAGGUCUGAUGUUAGCUCUCAUAGCCAUGGCAUUGCUUAUUCUAGCUUGCUCUUACAAGAAACCAUCACCAAUUCCUGGUUUAGAAGAAGAAGAAGAAGAAGAACAAGAAGAUGAAGAAAAAUCUCAACACAGUAAACAGGUCAAGUUUCCAAUGGAGACGGAGCCAAAGAUUGUUGUUAUUAUGGCUGGUGACCAUAACCCUACCUUUCUCGCCAAGCCAAAGCCAAGGCCAAAUCCAAAGCCACUGCCUUGCACUUGCCAAGUUGAUGAUCAACUACGAGUUUAAGAAUCAUGCUUAAUUCAUAUAUUUUUAUUAUCCGUUUCUCUUUGGUUUGUGUUAGAAAUUGUUCCCACCCUUUUCUUUUUCGUAGGUUUGAGUUUAGGAUUUUGUUUGUUAUUAGUGUUUUGCGGCAGAUUGUGUUUGUAAAUUGAUGAGAUUAAUUUUAAGUAUUAAGGAAUAUAAUAUGUUUAAUUU